AAGACGUAAUUAACCAUGCUGCUAAUGCUAUCGUGGUUGCCACUUCUAUAUAAGGAUGGCGCCAGCUUUUUGACAUACGACGAGAGGUUAGGGACAACAGGGACGGAGCGGGUUAGAGUUGAAGAAGAAGCUAGCUCUUGCCGGCCAUGGCCGGAGGAGGAGGAGCCAAAGGCGCCGCCGGCGGGUCGGAGAUCACGCUGGAGCACACGCCCACAUGGAUCGUCGCGUCCGUCUGCUCCGUCAUCGUCGUCAUCUCCCUGCUCUUCGAGCGCCUGCUUCACCGCCUCGGCAAGAGGCUGUCGAAAAGCCAUCGGAAGCCGAUGUACGAUGCCCUCCUCAAGGUCAAAGAUGAGCUGAUGCUGCUGGGGUUCAUAUCCCUGAUGCUCAACGUGGUCCAGGGCACCAUGCAGAAGAUAUGCGUCCGGAGGAGCGUCAUGCACCACCUCCUGCCCUGCCCGCUGCCGCCGUCGAAGCUCGCCAAGACCACCGAGCACUACGGCGCCACCGUGUUCACCGGUGUCCUGGGCAGCACCAGGAGGCUCCUCGCAGGUGGCGGCAAGAACAGUGACUACUGCCUGAACAAGGGCAAAGUUCCAAUCCUCUCUACUGAAGCCAUUCAUCAGCUACACAUAUUUAUCUUUGUCCUAGCAGUCACGCACGUGGUUCUCAGUGCUGUUACAGUUAUUCUUGGAGCCGCCCAGACAAGAAAAUGGAAAUACUGGGAGGAGCAGAUCCAAGAAAAUGGCGAUGAUAGUGGUCCUCAAAUGAUCAAGCAUGUGCAAGAAUUCAAAUUUAUCCAAUCUCACUUCAAAGGUCAUGGAAAAAGAUGGGGGAUUUUCGGUUGGCUGCGCUCGUUCUUCAAACAAUUCUAUGGGUCAAUCACUGAGGAGGACUACACAACCCUGCGACUUGGUUUCGUCAUGAAACAUUGUAGGGGGCAUCCAAAAUUCAAUUUUUACAAUUAUAUGCAUAGAGCACUGGAUGGUGAUUUCAAGAAAGUUGUUGGCAUAAGUUGGUACCUUUGGGCUUUGCUUAUGAUAUUCUUGCUAUUGAAUGUUCAUGGAUGGUAUGUCUACAUAUGGUUAUCGGUAGUCCCUUUCCUUGCACUACUUGUGGUUGGAAGUAAGUUGGAGCAUAUUAUCACUGAAUUGGCUCUCGAGGUUGCCCAAAAGCAUACGGCAAUAGAAGGGGACCUAGUUGUAUCUCCCUCAGAUGAAUUAUUUUGGUUUCAUCGGCCUAAACUAGUCCUUCUGUUGAUCCAUAUCAUCUUGUUCCAAAAUGCAUUUGAGAUUGCAUUUUUCUUUUGGUUGUUGGUAAUAUACGGGUUUAAAUCAUGCAUUAUGGGAAAACCAGCGUAUGUUAUUACUCGACUUGUGAUAAGUGUCAUCAGCCAACUCCUAUGUGGUUAUAGCACUCUACCGCUCUAUGCUAUCAUCUCGCAGAUGGGAAGUUCAUUCAAGAAAGCCAUGUUCGAUCAAAAUAUAUCUGAAGGCCUCACUAAUUGGGCUCAAAAUGCUAGGCAACGGAAAAGAAUGCCAGCAACAAAUGUAGGUGAUAGUUCACCAGAUGGUGAGGGAAUUCAAAUGGUGAAUGCACGAAGAGUUUCAGCAAUGGAGGAAGGGACUGCUAGGCUGGUCUAAGUGAAUGGAUGAUUGCACUUGCUAAUGUAUAUUUCAUAGAUAAUUGGAAUCAUAUUUUUAGAUUUGUUGAUAAGUUUAUUGCGAAUCACUUGGAAAUUUUGAUUUUUUUAGUAAUAUAGCUAAAGUGCUACCAUGUUAUAAUUCCAUUUGGGUGUUUUUCCACCCGACCCAUGAGGUGGGAGUCUAUUGUAGAAAGGAAAAGGAAUGAAAGUGCAUGAAAUUGAAAUGCUAUAUUGUCUCCUUUCCUAUUCAA